AUGCGUCCUUCACUCAUUCAAUGCUUCCCGCACCCGUUCACCCGGCAAUGGCCUGCGACCGGCAAUCCAGUCACAUGUGAGUGCCGGCAGCUUUACGCACUGGUGUCUGUGUGCUGCUGCGUGCCGAACACGCACCUCCUCGUACUCCACGAGUCGGCGCGCCUCAACACAAACCUCAUCACAUCGAUGCCGAAGGGCCCAAAAUACGUAGACUUCGCCAUCACCCCGCGCACCACCCCGGAAGACCUGUGCGGGUUUCUUGUGAGGGCUGAGAUGGCGGCAACAGGGCUUCCGCCCACCACAUCGGCUGGCAGCGGCGGUGCACUCGGUGCGUCGACUUUGGAGGACGUCUCCGUCUUCUCCCCUGCGAACCUGGGCGAGAACCGAAAUGAGGCGUGCGCUCCCGCAGCCGUAUCUACCAGCGCCUCGCAAAUCGGGCAGCAGUGGCCUCCGCCGCCGCGCAGCACGGGUGCACAACGGCAGGUGGUCAUAGUGUGCCUGCACGGCAUUGCCGACGCGUCAGCCGCAGUGCAGUCGGCCCUUAUGGACCUGCUAAUGUUUGAGCAGGUGCGAAACCAUCAUCGUACCGUGCGAGUGCCGACUCUGCGCAUCGUCGCCUUCUGUAGCAAUCGAAACUACGCCAUUCUUCUCCCCGAGCCGCUGCGAGCGCUCUUCACACUUUCCACUUACGUCUCCACACACGCCAGUGAUAGUGCCGUGGUACUGCAAACAGCGACUGUGUUCUCCUCGAGCAUUGUGAACAAGCGCUUCAUGAUGGAGGUUAUGACAGCGUCCGAUGGGCAAUCCCUGCUGGAGACAGUCACCCUCUCCAGCUCUGUCAUGCGCUACUUGCGCCACCUGCUACUGGUGCUACGCGGUAGCUUUGCCGUUGGGAUGUCACCAGGUACACUUGCCCUCCGUCGCAUCCCGCGAUGGAUGACUAUCUUGAAGGCACUGGCGAUCCUAUUUAUGCCCGACGAAGAGCUGUUGCGCUCUCGAGUGCAGCACACCCGCUCGGGCUUGCUGCAGUCCUACACGCGGGUGACAUCACACGUGGCUCUCGAGCGAACGCCGCGCGGUGCAACGCAUCGGGAGGCGGCGGCGGUGCACCGCUCAACACCAUCCGAAACACGAGCUGCACACCAGCAUCCGGGAGGGUCGAAGCCUGUUGGGUCUGGCGAGCGGCAGAAGGUUGACCAAGCUGAGGCUGCUACAGAGGAUCGCAGCGAAACCCAUAAGAGCGGCAGCAGCAGUACGGCGAUCGAAUCUUUCAGCAAUGUCGUGGUCUCACCGUCGGAUAUAGCGUGCGUGCUGCACUGCCUGGUGGGCCAUCUAAUGACCAUACCGCGGGAGAUGGUGCCAAGUGAAAUCUUGUCUGCCAUCAGUACCACGAUGGGCAACUCCGCCGUCUCCGGAACUUUCGUGGACACGUAUGGAGGGGUGUUGGACGUGCAUCAAUAUGGCAAGGUGGGGUUCUUACUCCAAGAUCCGGCCAUGUGGGACGCGGUGGCGGCUAGCUGGACUCUGCGCAACCUGCAUGAAAUCGCUAACCCCACUGUCGACCCAGCCAACGGCCUCGACAGCUCCAUGGUCAGCAGUGGCACACACCGAAACCAAAGCGUGACUCUGUGCUCUGUGGAGAGCGGGGAGGUUAUAGGUGAAACGGACAAGGGUCCGCACCGCGGCCGCCGGAUGCGCUCCAGCUACAGUCCGGAGCAGGAUGCUCGGGCACCCUCCCCGCACACGUCCUACGAGCAGUACUUCCAAACACUGAACAACAGGCCGCUCUUCUCGGUCGCGGAGGCGUGGAAGUGGACUGCCGUAAACAAAUUCGGCAUACUCGACGUGGCCUCCACCCCGAUGUUAGAUUACUGGGAAGUUCGAGAGGCGAUGCGGGCGACGCUGCUGGGUCGUAGCGCCCCUGCACCCGGCUAA